GUCAAUGUCACAACCUCAUAUCGUGUCAUGUCUGUCACUUUUUAUUUACCAUGUCAUGAGCUUGGAUUUACGAAAUUUUAUAUAUCUACGUUAAUUACCUUGAAAAUAUAAAUAAUUAUUCUAGUUUUUUCCAAACAAAGAUGGUAUGGAGGACAACUCUAUAUCCUGUAAAAAGCCUACAUGGCAAAACUGUGUUCACUGUCCCAGACUACUUUUCACUUCUGCCACGGAAUUUGAAAGGCAUGUUCAAGAAAAGCACAGCAUUAAAGAAGGAUCAAUCAUACUCUGUCAAUAUGGUCAAAAUGGAAUGUGUUCAGCUUUGCAAUUCGGUGAUUUGCGGAAAGCGGGCUUUAAGUAUCAUGUAAGAGAAUAUCACUUGUAUACAAAAGAUUUGAAUGAUGAUUGGACCUUCUAUUCUUCCUCACAAAACCUUCCAGCAGUAUUAAACGACCCCAAUAGAGGUAAACAGAGCAAUUUCUUCACGAAGACAUGGGGUGACAGUUUUAUUGAAAAGGUUGAUAUAUACCCUAGUCCAUAUUUACCUGAAAUCACUUUAGCACAUUUUGAAUCAUACUGUAAGAGAGUUGCAAAGAAAUAUCGCCGUCAUUGUAGGCUCAAAGAAACAAUUCCAGUUAAAAACAAAACUCCUGUAGUAGAAAAUGUUUGUGAAGUACCUAAUAUAUUUUAUGAACAAUCAUUGCCAUUGAAUGACCCAGAGGUAUUUAGCAAAGUUUUUCCUAGUCUAUGUAAUUCUGAAGAACCUAGUUCCGCAAUAAGAUCUCUUCAGGAAGUAUUGAGUACAUACCUAGAUGUUAUAGAGAUGAAAAUCUCAAAACAAGUAGCCCAAAAAUCAGAUGCAUUUUUUCAUGCAAUGUUGUCUCAUGAUACAAUAAUGGAGCAGAUGGCAAGAGCAGUAAAUACUGUUAGAAAAACUAGAAAAAAUAUCACAGAUGUAAAAGGUAAUUUGACUGAAUGUCCCCUGAAACUAGCAAGCUUGACCAGGAUAAACCAUAAUCUCAUGAAUGUCCAUGAACUGUUAAAAUUAAUGGGUACUGUCCAACAAACUCAACCAAUGAUACAGCUUCUUUUAAGCACAUCCGAUUAUGUAGCAGCUUUAGACUUGAUUAGUUCUACACAAAAAGUAUUGUCUACCCAUUUAUCAGGCAUUCAAGCAUUUCGUCACUUAUCUCCACAAUUAGCUGAAAUGAAGCGAUUAAUACAUAAAUGUUAAGUAAUGAAUUUUUAA